AUGGGUAAAGUUGUAUUGUUGGCUUUUCUCGCAAUAUCGGUGGUGGCAAGAGCUUACAAGAACCCUUAUUAUGCACCUGGACGAUCGGUAAACGUGCAUCUAUUCGAGUGGAAGUGGAACGAUAUCGCUGAGGAAUGCGAGAGGUUUUUAGGGCCCAAGGGAUUUGGUGGCAUUCAGAUAUCUCCCCCAAACGAGAAUGUGGUGCUGUGGUCAUACAACCGGCCGUGGUGGGAGCGGUAUCAGCCAAUCUCCUAUGUGCUAGAGACGAGAUCUGGUGAUGAGCGCCAAUUUUCUGAAAUGUUGAGACGUUGCAACGCCGCUGGAGUGAGAAUUUACGUGGACGCAGUGAUUAACCACAUGACUGGCGAGCCCCCGGAGAACUUUGGCACCGCUGGCAACACGGCAUCGUACAGAGAUUGGUACUACCCCGCAGUACCUUACACGGCGGAGCAUUUUAACUGGCCACAUUGCGUUAUAGACGGCAUGGACUACGUGAACAAUGCAUGGCGGGUACGGAACUGUGAAUUGGUGGGACUGAAAGAUCUGAACCAGAGACACGAGCAUGUAAGAAACAGAAUUGUUGAUUUUAUGAAUAGGCUGAUCGACUUGGGUGUUGCUGGAUUUAGGAUAGACGCGGCGAAGCACAUGUGGCCGCAGGACCUGCGGAUCAUUUACGAUCGCCUGAACAACCUAAACACCACUCACGGCUUCCCGGCCGACGCGCGUCCGUACAUCUACCAAGAGGUCAUCGACUACGGCGGCGAGGCGAUCAGCAGGGAUGAGUACACGCCGCUCGGCGCGGUCACCGAGUUCCUCGUUGGAUCGGAGCUCAGCAACGCGUUCCGCGGCGGCAACCGGCUGAGGUGGCUCUCGACCUGGGGCCCUCAGUGGGGCCUCCUGGCCCAGGGGGACGCGCUCACGUUCAUCGACAACCACGACAACGAGCGGGGCCACGGCGGCGGCGGAGGCGUGUUGUCGUACAAGGAGCCGCGCCCGUACAGAGGGGCGAUAGCUUUCCUGCUAGCGCAUCCGUACGGCGAGCCGCAAAUCAUGAGCAGCUUCGACUUCUGGGACUCGGAGAUCGGACCGCCAAUGGACCGCGACGGGAAUAUCGUAUCGCCGGCGAUUAAUUCGGACGGCACCUGCGGUAAUGGCUGGGUGUGCCAACAUCGCUGGAGGCAGAUCUACGCUAUGGUCGGGUUCCGUAACGCGGCUGGCGCGACUGGCCUCAACCAUUGGUGGGAUAACGGCAGCAACCAGAUCGCGUUUUGCAGAGGAGGCAACGCGUUCAUCGCCUUUAACAACGACAACUGGGACUUUAACCACAAUUUACAGACAUGUCUACCAGCCGGCACUUACUGCGACGUAAUAUCCGGUGACAAAGUGAACAAUUCAUGUCACGGCAAGAACGUGACGGUUGGGAACAAUGGCUUCGCGCAAAUCUACAUAGGCGCUAAUGAGUUCGAUAUGAUGUUUGCCAUUCACGUUGGUCCUGAGGUACUCAGCUUAAACAUGGGAGUCGACGCGGCAGCGUGGAGGAGCAUCAUGGAAUCCGAGCGUCACGCCGCUUGCCAUGACGGCAAACCU